UCAAAGAGCGACGCGAGUUACCUGUACGCAGUGAAGGCGAGUUCUUUUUAAAUAAAGGAGUUAGUAUGGAGAUUAAAGGUGCGGGGAUUGAAGCUGGGCUGGAAACCAGCUGAUGCCCCGAGAAGGAGACUUCAGAAAUUUGGACAGAUCCUGAGUGAAGAGUUACUCUUCUUAAUGGUACAGACUCUGAGAUGGCAGUACCAAAGUCUUGUGCAACCAUAGCUGCUAAUGGCAUGCAAACAAACAGCGAUGCUGUCACUUCUUCUCGGGGCACACUCAAUAUUAAGGUCCAAGUGCCCGGAAGUGACAUUAUUGACCUUCAGUUAUCUUCUCAGGAAAUGGUCCAAGAGAUUAUCCGGAUUCUGAUGGACCGUGAGGACACAUGCCAUCGAACCUGCUUCUCACUUCAGUAUGAUGGCAACGUUUUGGAUAACUUUGCAGAAUUGAAAAGUAUAGAAGGACUGAAGAAUGGAUCUGUCUUUCGAGUGGUUGAAGAACCAUACACUAUCCGAGAAGCUCGACUUCACAUCCGUCGUAUUCAGGAUUUGUUGAAGAGUCUGGACUCUGGUGAUGCCUAUAAUGGCAUUGAGUGUAGCUCGCUCUCCUUCUUGAGUAAUGUCUAUGAAGGGGAUGCUGGAGAAACAGCUGCACCUGGAAAGAGGAAAAGGCGCUCUGGUUCCGAUCAACCACUCGACACUGUUGAAUGCUCGCCUCCAGAACAUAUUUUGCCAGGAUCCAAAGAUCGACCCCUAUCGCUUCUCCAGCCAAUAACCACAGACAACAAGCAUCUGCAGUGCCUGAAGUCUCUGAUGAUGAGCGGGUGGAAUCCUCCACCCGGUAACCGUAAAAUGCGUGGAGACCUUAUGUAUCUGAACAUUGUUACCAUGGAGGAUCGUCACGUCAGCAUCACCGCAUCCACGCGAGGAUUCUAUGUCAAUCAAUCAACAGUGGAUGAGUUUAACCCAAAAUCUGACAAUCCCAAUCUACUAUGCCAUUCACUGGUGGAUCUUCUGAAUCAAAUUAGCCCAAUAUUCAAGAAGAACUUUGCAGCACUGCAGAAGAAGAGGACAACCUGCCAUCCAUUCACAAGGCUUGCCACACCAUUCCAGACCUAUAACUGGAUCAUCCCACACAGGCAGCAUACCAUCAACUUUAUGAGGGCAGAGGACGCAUACACCUCUCAUCUUUGCAUUGAAGAGCAUAUUAAUAGACAGGUUCGAGAUUGGAAUGAGGAGCUGCAGAUAUCACGGGAAAUGCCAAGUCAAGACAUAAUGCAGCGACUGUUGAAGGAACAAACAAUCUUCAAGGUUAACAGUAAUUUUGUUGCAGCUGCUAUCUCUGGUGCAAUGGCAGUUGUUGAUGGGAGCAUCAUGGCCAUCAAUCCAGGAGACUACAUCAAAAUGCAGAUGUUCGUCUGGAAUAACAUUUUCUUUAGUUUUGGAUUUGACAUCCGGGACAACUUUAGAGAGUCCGGUGGGGACCAUGCUGCCUAUGCUGCGUCGAACAAUGACUUGAAAGGGAUACAAGCUUAUAGUGAUUUAAAUGUGGAUGGUUUGCACCUACUGGGGACGGUAAUAGUGGAUUACCGGGGUUACCGAGUAAUAGCACAGUCGAUUAUUCCCGGAAUUCUGGACCAGGAGCAAGAACAGAAUGUGGUUUAUGGAUCAAUUGACUUUGGAAAAGCUGUCACUUCUGAUCAUGAGUAUGUUGGCCUUUUGCUAAAGACCUCCAAGCCCCUUCGGAUCCAGAAGCACCUGAUUCUAAAUGAAAUGGAACAGCCCAUUAUGCUGUGCUCGUCUGUGGAUUGCAAAGGAGUCGUGGGGAAUGACGGGCGACGCUAUCUUCUUGAUUUAUUCCGGACAUUCCCCUCGGACCUGAACUAUCUGCCAAUGGAUGGGGAAGAGUUACAUGAAGAAUGUCAAAGCUUGGGAUUCCCAAAAGAGUAUCGACACAAACUCUGCUGUCUACGGCCAGAAUUGGUGGAGAGUUUCAUCCAACACAAGCACAUGCAGUUUUCAAAGCUCUUGAAGGAGAAAAUGAGCAGAAGUGACAGAAGAAACAGUUUGAUGGAGGACGGAGACAGUGCAAUAAGAACUUUUGACUAUAUAAGAGAUGCUGAAGAGAUGAAGGCCAUAUGUCAAGAAGUGGGCUCCAUCAGUGAAAGUGUCUUUGACAUUCGGUUCAAUCUCAAUGUGUAUUGCCCAGAUAUAAGAUUUCAUGAGUCGGAACAGGAAGCUCUGCAGCUUCAGAAGCGAUUGAUGAGGGACAUUGCAGCCUUCUUUGUGUCUGUACAGAUUCCCAAUUUUAUCAAAGACUGUGAGAAUCAUGUCGUUGUACCUGCAGAUGGUGCCACAAUGACUGAUGCUCUGCACAAAUAUGGAAUUAACAUUCGAUACAUUGGUAAAAUAACGCAGCUGAUAAGCCAGUCAAAAAACAAGCAAUAUUUAGAACAUAUCUCGAGACUGCUGAUCAGUGAAAUCAUCACCCGAGCAGUGAAGCACGUUGUAGUCCUCUACCUGCAGAGUGUGGAGUUAUCAGCUCUUUCAUCCGCAAUUAGUCACUUCCUUAAUUGUUUCCUGAGCUCCUAUUCCAAUGGUGUUACACAUUUGCUUCCCGGCGAGAUUGCACCACGCAAGAAAAAAAACAAGCGCAAGAUGCGGAUUGCUGGGAAUGACGUGGCGUGGGCUAGCCUGACUUCCACAGAGCUGUGGAAGCAGAUUAAUAUUGAAGCUGUUGAAAGCUUUGACUACGCCUUGGUUUGUGCUGGGGUUGAUCAGGCAGUGGAGCAGUUUGGUCUACAGAAGGUGUCUCUUUUGCGUGAGUUCUGCUUAAAGGCUGGAAUUCAGGUUCUGCUGCGAGAUUACAAUUUUGACAAUCGUCACAAACCCACUUUCACAGAGGACGACAUUCUUAACACAUUCCCUGUGUUCAAGCAUAUUAUUGUGAAAGCAACAGAUGCUGAGAAGGUUUAUCAGCAAGCAAAAACUAAAAUUCAGAAAGGAAAUAUUAAGGAAGGUUUUCAAUUAAUUAAAGAAUCUUUAAAUUUGUUCAAAAACGUGUAUGGACCUUUGCACUCGGACGUCUGUGGUUGUUUGCACCUGCUUGCACAGUUGAAUUACGUCAUGGAUGAUAUUCCCGAAGCUAUAAAGAACCAGCAAGAAGCUGUAAUAAUCAGCGAGCGGAUCCUUGGCUUCGAUCAUCCCAACACGAUUCGUGAAUAUACCAGACUGGGCCUUUACUGCUUUGCUAACAAUCAGAAUUCAACAGCACUGAGGCUGUUGUACCGUGCUCGCUACCUGAUGCUCACCAUCUUUGGAGAAGACCACCCGGAAAUGGCUGUCCUUGAUAGUAACAUCAGCCUAAUGCUCCAAACUGCACUGGAUUAUGACCUUGCAAUUCGAUUUUUGCAGAAAAGUCUAGAACUAAACCUAAAAUAUUAUGGGGCCCAGGCUCUACAGACUGCACUUAGUUAUCAUCUCAUGGCCCAAAUCUAUGCAAGCAAGGCAGAAUUUCGAACAGCUAUGCAGCAUGAGAAGCAAGCCUGUAUCAUCUACAGUGAUCAGCUUGGUGAGACUCACCCAAAGACAAAAAGAAGCUCUGAGUAUCUUAAGCAUUUUACUCAACAAGCAGUGAACCUACAGAGAACUAUGAAUGAAAUUUACAAGAAUGGAUCAAAUGCUAAUCUUCCUCCAGUACAGCCAACACCACCAAGUAAAAAGACGAUGCUGGAACAACUAAGUAUGAUCAAUGGGAUUGUUUUCCUGGAAAGCAGGUGUCAGUGCUGAUCUUGUUCACUUACAGUCAAUCAAAAGAACACAGCAGAGUACACUGGAUGAAUUCUUCUGUCAAAGACAUUAGGAAUUACUACACAGCUUUAUUAAUACGGUAGUAGUAUUGGUAAUGUUCUGCUUUGUUCUUUUUCAUUUAAAUGCAUAAUUUGUUACUCAGUUAAAUGAUAAUUUGUCCUUUUUUAAAUUUACCUCUUUAUCUAUUUCCAUGAAUCUUCGGCUAAUUGGGCCAAAAUGUACUGAUCCGUUGUGUCCUAAUUAACUAGAAUCCACUGUACCAUGGGAGGACUAUUAAUGUACAGUUGUUACUUAAUAUAACAUUGUAUUUACAUAAUUGGUAAAUAUUUCUUCAAACUGAACCUGCAUGUCUGCUACUGGUAAUUUUUCUUGGUACCAACUUUCUUUAUCAAAAUAUGUCUUCACAUUAGCCACCUUUGUUGUAGUGAAAACAAUUAAAUAAGAAUACCGUCAAAAGAUGCUUCAAAACUAGUUUUCAGGCAUCAGCCUAUCUGCCAUCAAGAACAUAUGUAUAUCUAGAAAGGUGGUGGAUAAAUUAAGGCCAGCAAUAUCAUGAAGGAUCCUUAUGAAGGUGAUGUCCAUCAUCAAGCCCUCUUAAAAACACAGAAACAUAGAAAACCUACAGCACAAUACAGGCCCUUUGGCCCACAAAGCUGUGUCAAACAUGUCCCUACCUUAGAAAUUACUAGGCUUACCCAUAGCCCUCUAUUUUUCUAAGCUUCAUGUACCUAUCCAAAAGUCUCUUUAAAGACUCUAUCGUAUCCGCCUCCACCACCGUCGCCAGCAGCCCAUUCCAAGCACUCACCACUCUGAGUAAAAAAUUUACAUUUGACAUCUCCUCUCCGUACCUACUACUCCCCAGCACUUUAAACCAUACAACCAUGUAACAAUUACAGCACGGAAACAGGCCAUCUCGGCCCUUCUAGUCCGUGCUGAACGCUUACUCUCACCUAGUCUCACCGACCGGCACUCAGCCCAUAACCCUCCAUUCCUUUCCUAUCCAUAUACCUAUCCAAUUUUACUUUAAAUGACAAUAUCAAACCUGCCUCUACCACUUCUACUGAAAGCUUGUUCCACACAGCUACCACUCUUUGAGUAAAAAAAUUCCCCCUCUUGUUACUCCUAAACUUUUGCCCUCAGAUUCUCAACUCAUGUCCUCUUGUUUGAAUCUCCCCUACUCUCAAUGGAAAAAGUCUAUCCAUGUCAACUCUAUCUAUCCCCCUCAUAAUUUUAAAUACCUCUAUCAAGUCCCCCCUCAAACUUCUACACUUCAAAGAAUAAAGACCUAACGUAUAACCUUUCUCUGUAACUUAGGUGCUGAAACCCAGGUAACAUUCUAGUAAAUCUUCUCUGUACUCUCUCUAUUUUGUUGGCAUCCUUCCUAUAAUUAAACCUGCAUCCUCUUGUGGCAACCAAUGCAGCCCUGGGAAAAAGCCUCUGACUAUCCACACGAUCAAUGCCUCUCAUCAUCUUAUACACCUGUAUCAGAUCACCUCUCAUCCUCCGUUGCUCCAAGGAGAAAUGGCCGAGUUCACCCUCUUCACACUGUUACCGUUGGGGAGGAGGUACAGGAGCUUGAAGGCACACACUCAGUGAUUCAGGAACAGCUUCCUCUCUUCUGCCAUCUGCUUUCUAAAUGGACAUUGAACCCAUGAACUCACUAUAUCUUUUUGUUUUUUGCACUACUUAUUUUAACUUAAUUUAAUAGAUGUAUGUAAACAAUGUAUCUCAUUUUUCCUCAUACUUAUUUAUCAUGUAUUUUGUUGUACUGCUGCCAUAAAAUUAACAAAAUUCAUGACAUAUGCCAGUGAUAUUAAACCUGAUUCUGAUCCUGACUCUAUUCAUGGGUUGUUUGUUCCACUCCCAUCAGGGAGGAGGCUACAUAGCAUCCAUGCCAGGACCACCAGCCUCAAAAAUAGUUACUCUCCCCAAAGAACAAGGCUGAUCAGCACCUUCACCCACCCCUCCACACCACAACUUUAUCAUUUCCUGUCAGAGUCACCUUACAUACAGACACUCCUGUGCCGAGUGUUCCUUUAUGGACAAUCUACGUAUAUAAACUAUCUUAUGCAUUUACGUAUUGAAGGAGCAGGCAGGUAGACAGAAAGAUGAGGUGGUUCUGUUGGUAAAAAGAAUUAAAUCUAACAUUUAGAGAGAGGUGACAUAGGAUCGGAAGAUGAAGAAUCCUUGAGGGUAGAGUUAAUAAACUGUAGAUGUUGGAUACAAAUUACAAUGGGAGGUUGAAAAGGCAUGUAAAAAGGGCAAUGCUAUGACAGCCAUGGGGAUUCCAAUAUGCAAGUAGAUUGGGAAAAUCAGAUUGGUGCUGGAUCCCAAGAGAGAGAAAUUUGUAGAAUGCCUACAAGGUGAGCAGUUUGUGAUUGGUCCUACCAGGGCAAAGACAAUUCUAGAUUGGGUGUUGUGUAAUGAACCUGAUUUGAUUAGGAAGCUUAAGAUAAAUUGUGAGGCCUCACUUGGAGUAUUGCAAGCAGUUUUGGGCCUCUUAUUUAUGGAGGGAUAUGCUGACAUCAGACAGGACUCAGAGGAGGGUCACAAGAAUGAUUCCGAGAAUGAACAGCUGCUCGUAUGAGGAGUGACUGAAGUCUUUGGGCUUGUGUUCAUUGGAAUUUAGAAGAAUGAGGGUGGAUCUCAUUGAAACUUAUCAAAUGUUGAAAAGCCUAGAUAGAGUGGGAUAUGAAGAAGAUGUUUUCUAUGGUGGCACUAGCAGGGAUGACGGCAGAACAGCAAUGGUUGGAGUUUCUGGGGGCAAUUCAGAAGGCACAGGAUAGAUACAGCCCAAAGAUGAUGUAUUCUAAAAGGGAGGAAGAGGCAACUGUGGGUGGCAAGGGAAGUCAAAAACAGCAUAAAAGCAAAAGAGAGGGUACAUAAUAUAGCAAAAAUUAGUGGGAAGUUCGAGGAUUGGGAAGCUUUUAAAAAUUAACAGAAGCCAAUUAAAAAAGACACAAGGAGAGAAAAGAUGAAAUAUGAAGAUAAGCUAGGCAGUAAUAUAAAAGAAGAUGCCACAUGUUUUUUUUCAGACAUGCGUAAAAAGAGUAAAAGAGAGGCGAGAGUGGAUAUUGGACUCCUGCAAAUUGACAUUGGAGAGACAGUAAUAGGGAACAAAGAAAUAGGGAACAAAGAAAUAAUGAGCAUUCUGCAUUAGUUUUCACUGUGGAAAACACUAAUGGUAUGUCAGAAAUUCAAGAGUAUCAAAGGACAGAGUGAGUGUAGCUACAAUUUCUAAGAAGGUACAUGGGAAGCUGAAAGGUCUUAGAUAAGUCACCUAGACCAGAUGGACUACACCCCAGGGUUCUGAAAGAGGUAACUGAAGAGAUUGUGGAGGCAAUAGUAAUAAUCUUUCAAGAAUCACUGGAUUCUGGAAUGGUUCAGGAAGACUGGAAAACUAUAAAUGUCAUUUCAUUCUUUAAGAAGGGAGGCAGGCAAGAGAAAGGAAAUUAUAGGCCAGUUACCCUGACCAGUGAUUGGGAAGAUGUUGGGAGUCCAUUAUUAAGGAUGAGAUUUUGCAUCACUAGCAGUGUGUCAGAUGCUGAUGGGUGUGAGCAAAGAAAAGUGAGUGCAGUUACUAUUGCAAGGCUGGAGGUGCUCAAAAAGCUGAAAGACGCAAGGGUACUCAAGUCACUUGGACCAGAUGAACUGCACCCAUAGGUUCUGAAAGAGGUAGCAGUAGAGAUUGUGGAGGCAUUAGUAAUGAUCUCUCAAAAAUCAUUGGCCUGGUGCCUGAGGACUGGAAAAUUGCAAAUGUCACUCCACUCUUUAAGAAAGGAGGAAGGCAGCAGAAAGGAAAUUAUAAACCAGUUAGCCUAACCUUAGUGACUGGGAAAAUGUUGGAGUCAAUUGUUAAGAAUAAGGCUGUGGAGUACUUAGUGUCACAGGACAAGAUAGGAUAAAGUCAGCAUGGUUUCCUUAAGGGAAAAUCUUGCCUAAACAAAGGUGUUGGAAUUCUCUGAGGAGAUUACACAUAGGAUAGAUAAAAAGGAUGCAGUGGAUGUUGUACAUUUGGGCUUUCAGAAAGCCUUUGACAAGGUGACACAUAUGAGGUUGCUUACCAAGUUAAGUGCCCAUGACAUUACAGGAAAGUUACUGGCAUGGUUAGAGUAUUGGCUGAUUGGUAGGAGGCAGUGGGUGGGAAUAAAAGGAUUCUUUUCUGGUUGGCUGCCAGUGAAUAGUGGUGUUCAGCAGGGGCCAGUGUUGGAACCACUUCUUUUUAUGCUGUACUUUCAAUGAUUUAGAUGAUGGAAUGGUUGGCCUUCUUGCCAAGUUUACAGAUGAUACGAAGAUUGGUGAAGAUAGUGUUGAGGAAACAGGUAGACUGCAAAAGGACUUGAACAGAUUAGGAGAAUGCGCAAGAGAGUGUCAAAUGAAAUACAAUGUUGGAAAAUGCAUGGUCAUGCACUUUGGUAGUAGAAAUAGAAGUGCAAACUAUUUUCUAAAUGGGGAGAAAAUCCAAAAAUCUGAAAGGCAAAGGGUGUUGUUGGGUGUAUUUAAGGCAGAGGUUGACACAUUUGUGAUUGGACACGGCAUCAAAGGUUACAGGAGAAGGCAGGAAAGCAGGGCUGAGGAGGGGAAAAAUGGACCAGCCAUGAUUGAGUGGUGGAGCAGAUUCGAUGGGCCAAAUGGCCCAAUUCUGCUCCUUUCUCUUAUGAUCUUAUGGAGGUAUCGGGUACUUGGAAGCACAUGAUAAAACAGGCAAUGUUUCCUUAAUGAGAAAUCUUACUUGACAAAUCUGCUGGAGCUCUUUAAGAAGAUAGAUAGCAGGAUUGACAAAACAGUCAGUGGAUGUUGUUUACUUAGAUUUUCAGAAGGCCUUUGACAAGAUACCACAUGUGAGGGUGCUUACAAGAGCCCAUGUUACAGGAAUGAUACUAGCAUGGAUGGAAGAUUGGCUAACUAGCAGGAGGCAAAGAGUGGGAAUAAAGGGGGCCUUUUCUGUCAGUGACUAGAGGUGUUCUGCAGAGGUUUAUGUUGGGACCACUUCUUUUCAAGUUUUAUGUCAAUAAUUUGAAUGACAGAAUUGAUGGCUUCAUGGCCAAGUUUGCAGACAAUAUGAAGAUAGGUAGAAGGGCAGGUAGUGUUGAGGAGGUAGGGGGUCUGCAGAAGGACUUAGGCAGAUUAGGAGAAUGAGCAAAGAAGUGGCAGAUGGAAUAUAGUGUAGGUAAGUGUGUGGUCAUGCACUUUGGUAGAAAAAACGUCAUAAUUUUUUUUCUAAAUGGAGAGAAAAUUCAAAAUUCAAAGAUACAAAAGGACUCAGGCAGUCCUUGUGCAGGAUUCUGUAAAGGUUGUCUUGCAGGUCGAGUUGGUGGCAAGGAAGACAACUGUAAUGUUAACAUUCAUUUCGAGAGAACUAGUUUAUAGGAACAAUGAUGUAAUGCUGAGACUUUAUACAGCAUUGAUCAGGCUGUAACAUUGGUAAUGGAGGCAGUUUCAAUCAUAGUGUGCAAAAGAAAACCGAUUAAGUAUCUGAAAAAAUUAAUAAUGCAAGCUAUGCAAGGCUGGAAUAGUUGGAUUGUGCUUACUUAGAAUCAGCUUAGACAGUGGCCUGACUAUUGAUCUCUUGAGCUGUAACUUUUUUGCAAUUCUAGAGGAGAACUAUUGCUAUCAUCUAGUAGCCUAAUCUAUCUAGAAAUUUAGGGAUUCAAGGGUGAGACUAACUAUUACUAAUUCUAGGGACUCAGUGUAAGUUUUUAACAUGUUGAUUUAGAAAUUUAAAAGUUGUGCUGAGUGAUUGAAGUCCAUUUCCC